AUGGCCAUGUCUCACAUGUCACUAGAUGAGAGAGCUGACUUUGUCGAGGAUAUUAUCCAUUAUGACUUCACCAAUCGUGCAGUUCUCUACGAAGCUCUCCGUAGCGCCGGCGCGCUUGCUCUGACCGGACGAGCACAUCGUUCCGACGGCAACAAGGACCUGGCGCAAAUCGGCGAUGCGGUCCUGCAGCUGAUCCUCGUGACGGACGGGUACGAAGCCAGAGCCAGUCGAGGCUACAUCAACCAGGUGGUCUCAUCGAUGGCCAGCAACCCCCAUCUCGCACAGAUGGGCUCCAAGGCCGGACUGGAGAAUCUCAUUCUCAUCAAUCCGUCUCAAGCCAGCGUGUCCCCUGGAGUGAUGGCUCAAACAGUGGAGGCUAUCCUCGGCGCCGUCUAUCUCGAUAGCGAGAUGGACGUCCAGGCCGUCCGGGCCGUCAUGGCGAUCCUGAACCUGGGGUGGCCAGUGUGA